UCGCCGCGUGAAUCACGGAAGGAGUUUUCAAGCUCUCUGCUUGUGCCUACAGACGUAUAAGUAUUUCACAAAUAUUGUCCUCUUCUUUUCCCCUCAACUCCCAAAAAUCCACUGUUUUCACGCAUAAUAGCCUAGUGGAUGUUAGUUCUUGUGAUAUCACUUGUGAAAGUCUGUGAUAUAUGUCGUGCUUACGCAUUCGAUACUAGUGAUACUGUGUUAUAAUUAUUAUAUUAAUUCUUUUCUUUUGAAAAGUCUGUUAUUUAAUGGACAUUUUAUUAAUUCCCUAUGAUAAGAUAUCAUUGGAAACAGGGAGGUGCGUGAGGAGGGUUAGCGUACUCAGCGGGACCAAGGUCGUGCCAAGGAGGAUCGUCGUCGGCUUUAAGAAUAUCGCUGGUCGGAUCGUUGAGCCGGUAUCCUCCACGUGCUGCUCGCCGCCUGGAAUAUCGGAAAGUAAGUGUACUCGCGCCGAGCCUGAAGAAGCUGCUGCUACUAGUGCGGGUGCUCCUGUUAGUGCCGCUCGUACAUCGAGGCUCGUUCCAAUAUGUCGAGCGAGACGACCUCCGACGAGGAGUCCUCUCAGGAGGAUUUGCAGAGAUACGACGUGGACGAUCUCGAAAUGAUCAGAACUAUCGGGACCGGAACGUUCGGUAGAGUCAUAUUGUGCCGACAUCGCGGGAAGCCACUGGCUUUGAAAAUACUAUCCAUGGUUGACGUAAUCCGACUCAAGCAGGUAGAUCACGUGCGCAACGAAAUCACGGUCCUCAAAGAAGUCAAGCAUCCCUUCAUCGUUAACAUGCUUUGGAGCGGCAGAGAUCAGGCGAGGGUUUACAUGUUGCUCGAAUUCGUCGCUGGUGGGGAGCUUUUUUCAUAUCUACGGGCGGCAGGACGUUUUUCAGGCAGGACGAGCUGCUUUUAUGCCGCCGAAAUCAUUUGUGCUCUCGAAUACUUACACAGCAAACACAUCGUCUAUAGGGACUUGAAGCCAGAGAAUUUGCUGCUGGACAGUCAGGGACAUCUCAAGAUUACCGAUUUUGGAUUCUCGAAGAAAUUAAGCGACAGGACCUGGACCCUUUGUGGCACACCCGAGUACUUAGCUCCCGAAAUAAUCCAGAGCAAAGGUCACAACAAAGCCGUUGAUUGGUGGGCUCUGGGUAUUUUGAUUUACGAAAUGUUGGCAGGUUUUCCGCCAUUUUUCGAUGACAAUCCUUUUGGUAUUUACGAGAAAAUUCUCGGAGGUAGAAUAGACUGGCCUAAGCAUAUGGAUCCCAUUGCUAAGGAUUUGGUAAAAAAAUUAUUGGUUGCCGAUAGAACAAAGAGGCUUGGUAAUAUGCGACAAGGAGCUGAAGAUAUCAAAAGGCAUCGAUGGUUCAAGCUUCUUGACUGGUCACAGGUGCCACUGAGAGGUUUAGUUCCGCCCAUAAGUCCAAGGCUAAAGGCACCUGGUGAUCCAAGUUGUUUCGACGACUAUCCAGAAACCGAUUGGAGAUCGCAGCCUCCAUUAUCAGCCGAUCAAUUAGCCUUAUUUCAAGAUUUUUGAUUCUAUGCCAAUAUGGCUAAUUAGCAGAUAACGAUACAAGUACAAAAUCGAUGCAGAAUUGCAU